UGCAGAAAGUAUAACUUGUAUUGUCUAGUAGAAAGAGCCUUUGUUUUCGACGAAAUAUUUAAAUGUUAAUGAAGAGGUGACAAAAGCUCCCAGCAGUUACUAGGGACACUACAAACUUUUGGAAAAUUGAUUAAGCUUAAUAAUUAAAACUUUUUGGCGUGUUCCGUACACUUCAUAGCAUGUGGUCAAUCUUUUUUACUGCGAUGCAGGUCCAGAAAUAUUUUUGCCGUUAUUUGUCAAACUUUUUCCAUGUACCUCUGAAAGUGUACAGUGUAGUGAUUUAUACGUAUUUUACUAAGUGGGGAGGGGAGAGGUUGUUAACAUCGCCCUGGUUACCGAACACGCUGAAAACAAACGGUUUUUGCGAUCGCUCUUCACAUUUGCCAUAAUAUUUACUCGCUAAUUUAGCUGAAGGACCAGACAUCUUAAAUUUAACGUCAUCGUUUUAUCAUGACCCGAUCUCCUUGUAGUGAACUACGCGUAAACAAAAUGGAAGACAGCAAGCGAAAAAACGCAAAAGGAGGUAAAGAGGUUAAUAUCAAGUUUGCAGGCGAGAAGGCGAAGAGCGGCGAGAGUUUACAAGAAGCUUUCAAGAGAUUUCGUAAGGAAAGACAGAAUGCUAUACGUUUGUCCAAACAAGUCAGUAAGGAAGCAAUAAAGUGGAGAGCAGAUCCUGUCAGAAUGAACAAUCUCAGAAUGAAUUUUGUAGAGCAGUGUAAGCAGUACUUUGGUGUACCUUAUGCCAAGAAAUACCAGCAACCAGGAACUGCAGAGUUCAAUGCACCUUUCUUUCUUGAUUGUUGUGGUUUGAUCAGGAAAGUACUCAGGGAUCUCAAGGAGGAUUUUGGUUUUGAAAUUGGCCCAUGGAAUCAAGCUUACAUGUUUGAUACACUUCCCUUAGAUGUGCAGAAGAUGGAAGACCUGCAACCUGGAGAUCUGGUGUUUGUUUCAGGAAUAUAUCACAAUCCAAAGUCAAAAAAGCAGCGUCAUAACAUGGUCCAUGUGGAAGUCUGGGCAGGAGAUGGAGAAAAGACCAUUGGCGCAAGAUGGCAACGAGGAAAGGUUCAGUACCAUGACUCAUACAAGUUCAAUGCUAAGAGCUACCACAGUAUGCAGUAUCACUUCAAAUCCAUUGACACAUGGCUCAUGGGAAUCUGUCAGAGUCACUGCACAGAACAUUCCUGGAAACGGUCAAAGUAUCAGCCAGGGAAAAAGUCUAUCUUUGCUGAAAAUCAACCAAAUGGGACCCAAGAUCAAGAUGCGGAACAAGAAGACGAAGAAAUUGGCAGCCAAGUGAAUGAUGAUGAAAAAAAGCUCAAAAGCGACUCGUCAGUCAAUAACAACGAGGGAAAGGAUGUCUGUUGUGAUGUUGCCCAACAGUCCGCUGCGUCAAACACAAGUUGCUCUGUUUUUCAAGAGCUAUCUAGUGAUAAAAAGACUGCAGGUACUGAUCAUCAAUUUACAACUGCAGCAACCUCCCAAUAUGUGCAAAGAAACUUUCAUGGCCUUGAUGAAUGUGUCCACUGGUUGCUAUCAACAAUAAGCAUGGACCUUGAAAGUGAAUUCCAUGAUGCAAGUUGUAGUCCUAGUGAACUUGAGCUAGGAAGUUCUCAAUGCAAUUGGAUAGAAGCUGCUUCUUCAAACAACCAAGACAAAGGCUUUGUACACGGAAUAGCAGAGAAUCCCUCUGCUAAUCAAAGAACGGUAGAAUCUUUAAGUUUGUCAGGACUGGACAGAAGUUGUCACUGUCCUCAGUGUUGUCACAUAGAGCUAAACUGUGUACAUCAAGAGAGUAAUUAUGCCAGUGCUGAAGAUAAUGAGGAAAAAUUUGGAAGCGUCGAAAACUGUAAAGAAUUCUCUUCAUCAUUGGAGUGUUUUGAUUUUGUACACUGUGGUGUGAACAGUGAUGAUGUUCCAAUUGUUCAGUGUCCCAACAACUCAAACAGUAAUGGUAGAAGUCAUUCUAGGUCUGUGUCACCCUCAAAGGCAGCAAAAAAUGGAAAAGUCUCUGGGAGUGGCUCUUCAUCAGGUAAUGGAAAAGGAAAUGGUAAUGAAAAGAAUGACAAUAACAAAGACUCUUCCAGAAGGAACUCACGCAAUGGUGCCAGGUCAGUCAGCCAUGUGAAUGGAAAACAGCCAAGCUUCUUCAUUGGAGGAGGAAAUGGAAACUGGAUGAUUGAAUCCACUUUAGUUUCACUUGGCUGGUCCAAGAUCGAGGACAAGACGGAUGAGUCAUUCAAAUUGAAAUGGGUGGAGUGCAAGAGCCAGAUUAAUUAUGACAGCUUCAAAGAUGGAGAACAGUUAGUGAACCACAUUUCCAACAUCAACCUUCUUACCACGAAGCUGGGUCUCCUGUGCACCUUACAAGAAUAUCAACGUGUCCAAGAGAAAAUGGCUAAAACCAAAUUGAAAAUUUCUAUAAAUGAAUUUGUUCCGGAAACUUACAAGCUGAUGAAUGCAACCGAGAAAGUCAAGUUUGUCAACGAUAUUUACAAAGAUGGUGAAAUUUGGAUCUGUAAACCGACGGGCAUGAAUCAAGGCAAAGGAAUUUACCUUGUUAACAGCAGAGAGCAGUUGAUUGAAAAGCUAAACAUGAAUGGAGUUGAUGACUCCAGCGCCAGACGAAGUCAAGUGCGGCCUCCACAAGGACGCGUCAUACAGAGAUAUGUGCUGAACCCUCUUCUGUUGAACGGCUGCAAGUUUGAUGUUCGCACGUACAUGUUGAUCGCAAGCACCACGCCGUACAUUGUAUUCUAUCAUCCGGGAUAUGUGCGACUGUCGUGUGUCCCGUAUACACCGUACACUCAGGAUGCCGCUGGCCUGCAUGCGCAUCUCACCAAUCAGUAUGUUCAGAAGAAGCACCCUAUGUAUUCAUCGAUGAAAGAAGAUACUGUUUGGAGUUUCGAGCGAUUGCAGUCGUACAUCGAUGAGAAGUAUGCCAAGGAGAAAGAACUCCCUGAUAAUUGGGUUUAUACAACAUUUACGAAACGUAUGCACCAGAUAAUGACGACAUGUUUUCACAGCGUUCGUCAGAAGCUUCACAGAAGAACAGGAACCUUUGAUUUGUUGGGAUUCGACUUUCUUAUCGACGAAGACUUCAAGGUUUGGCUACUGGAGGUGAACAUCAACCCCGCACUCCAUACCAACUGUCAGGUUCUAAUGGAUCUUCUGCCCGGAGUGGUCGACGAGACACUAAAACUUGUGAUCGAGAUUUCAGACAAGACCAAGAAAAAGCGCCCCCUGUUUCCAUUGGAAAACCAGAAGGGCUUUCAGCUACUGUACAACGGAGUAGGCAAAUAGAAAGAGCAUCUUGCGUCCUGUAGAACGGACAGAACGGGGAAUCGAACCUUCCUAACAAGACGCUGCGGGCAUAGCAAAAAUGGCAAAAGAGGAGGGUUGUGAGAGAGGAGGAGAAAAAGGAGGGCACGUGACAGAGUGCGAGCCAAUCCGCUUUUGGUGUCAAUGAAAGUGACAUCACUGGAACCAAUCAGAUUGUUUCAAGAAGUGCAAUGAACUUGGAAAAACUGAUCAGGAGUUGUGUUGCUCAAUGAACUUCGAUCAGGAUUAUCUUUUAGAAGAAUGAAAAUGGUGUAGAUUUAGGUUUAAACAAGUAUUGAAGCUCCCAGCACUUUUUCUAAAACAAAAAGGUUUACGCUAGAGUUAGAGUGUUGAAGUAAAUUAUUUGGUAGUGGAUAUUCUUAGCUUGUUAAUAGCUUUUAGCAUCGAACUGACCUCCAACAUUCUGGAAAUGUACGUUAAAAUGUGCAAAACGAGAUUCGUUUACGGUUUACAAAAAUAAGAAAAGAAAUAUUUUUUGUUGUUUGAAAGAUGGGCCAGCAGGUUAUUGUAAUCACUCUCAGUUUUUACUAGCUCGGGACUUCACCCUACCCCCCACCCCGCCAACCAUGAGCCUAUAGAAACCUCGAGCAUGAAAUGUAAAUGUUUAAAAGGCAACUUCCAACACAUGGAGCUACUAUCAGAUUCAAGGAUUUCCAUAUAUAAAAUUCCAGUAAAAGUUUGAAUCAGUUUAUCCUCA